AUGACCAGUCGUGAAGGAUUAAAUCGAACUCGUUUACGACAAACAAAUGCAAAUGUUGAUCAAGUAUUAACACCCUUAGGACGAAUAUCAUCUACAGUUCCUUCAAUUUCAACUGCAACAAAUCUUAAUUCAAUAUCUUCAACAUCAGUAUCAACAACAGUUGUACAAACUUCUGGUAACGUUCGUGUACGUCGUAAUAAUCCUAAUACUAAUCCUCUUGAUACUGAUUCGAAUUCACUUGUUGAUAUUGUUACAUUUGAUACAACAAUGUCAACACCUUUAGUGGCAUUUGAUGCUGAACAAUUUCGUUCUGAAAUAAAAGAUAAUCGACAUGAUGAAAAACGUUUAGAAGAAUUAAUACUUAAUGCAAUAAAUUAUUUUAUAACAACAUCAAAACGUUCAUCACAACAAAUAGCUGAUUAUACUGUUUUAACAUUUCUUGCAUGGACUGUAUCAUUACAUGGAGAAAUUUUUCGAUUAUCAUCUGUAUUAAAAGCUAUGUGUACUUUACUUAAAGGAUCGACAUUAACAAAAACAAUGAAAACAUUUCCAACCAUUAAUAAUGGAAAUAAUUUAGGACUGACGACAACACCAUAUACACUUGUUUGUCAAAUACUUUGGCUUGCUUAUAAAGAUCAAGCUCAUUGGCCUGAUGAAUUCAUCGAAGUCUAUGUUGAAGAUGCAUUAGGUGAACAAAAUUGGACAAAAAAUUCUGAUUGUCGAUUAUUUGUUUCAAAUAUUCAAACAGCUUUUAAUACUCGUCCAUGUACAUGGAAAUUAGAUCGAUUAAAAAUUUGUCCAACAAUUCCAAUUUCUACCACACCAACAACAACAGCACCAAUAUCAUCAACAUUAACUGAUGAAACAAGUAAUGAUAGUAAUAAUAAUAAUGAAGCAUUAUCAAUAACAGCAACUGAAUCUGAAUCUUCAAUACAAGCAAUGGAUGAUUCAAUGCUUAAUAAUAAUAAUAAUACAGAGAAUCAAUUAAUUAUUUCACGUUAUGAAGGACGUUCUCAAGCUAUACAAAAUUUAUUACAAACAUUAUUAACAACAAAUGCUAAAAUAAAAUCAACAAGUGGAAAUUCAACAAAUUUAAAUCCUACAAAUACAUCAACAAGUACAAGUCAGCCACAUGAAACAGAUAAAUUACUGUAUUUACUUGAACAACUAUGUGGUUUACCUGAUAUACGUUUAUAUAUAUUAUCAAGACUUGAUAUAUGGUUACAAAAUCCUAAAUUAAAUCGUACAGCGGAAAAAUUAAUGAUAGCAUUAUGUGAAAAUUUAACUAAACCAACAAUAGCAACAAAUAAUAACAAUAAUCAUUUAUUAACAAAUGGACAUAUAAUAAAUAAUGAUAUGUCAUAUAUAGAUGAACGUGCUAUUGAACAAUUAGUUAAUUUACGUUUUAAAGUACGUGCAACGAAUGCAACAAAUAAAAUGUAUAUAUUAUGUAUACGUGAAAUGUUAAAAAUUGAUGCUAAUCUUGUUGAUAUAAUUGUACGUUUUAUUGUUCAUAAUGAAUUACAACAACAAAUAUCAAAUUCACCAACAAUAAUAACAACAAGUAAAAAUCCAAAUAAUUUAUCAUUACUUCAUGCUUGUUGUCAAUCACAACCUGAACAUACAUGUCAAUCAUUAGCAUAUACAAUACAAAAUAUUCUUCUUUUAACUAAUGUAACAACAACAUCAAAAGAUUAUGACAGUUUAUUAAAAUUAAUACGACCAUUUAUACGUGAUCUAAUGCGUUAUGCUAAAAAUGAUUUUGAUUCUGUGCGUUUUUGUAUGUAUUUAAUUGAUAUGCAUUAUUCAAAUAAUUUACAACAACAAUUUUGGACUAUGGUUCAACAACAGGAUCCUCCAAGUAAUGAUAUAACAUCACAUCGUUUACUAAAACGUUUAUUAGAAUGUGAUAUGUCAACACGUGAACGUUUUCUUUCUGCUAUAUGUGAUCUUAUUCCAAUGAUAAUUUUAGCAUCAGCACAAGCAUUUAAUUCAAUAAAUAAUACAACAAAUAUAAAUCUAACAACAACACGUACAUCAAUAACAACAAAUAAUGAUCAAUGGUUAUUAUUUAUACAACGUAUAUCAUUUAUACAAUGUGGUUCAUGUUUAUUUUUUCUUUAUACAUUACCACGUUUAUUUGAUUCAACAUCAACAAUAAAUCCAAUAAUUUAUGUUACAUGUUUAUAUAGUAUAUUAUUUACGGCACAAUUUAAUUCAUAUUUACGUAUUGAAAAUUGGCCACCUGAAGAACCCAUCGGCUUACGUAAUGAUUUAUUUCGUUUAUCAUCUGAAAUUCCAUUACUUGGUGAAACAUUAUAUUUACUUAUACAAAUUGGUUUAACAACACAAUUUCGUAUAAAUCCAUCAAUUAUUGUUGAUUUAAUUGAUCUUAUUGUACGACGUACAUUAAAUGUUGAACAAAAAAUGUCAAAUGAUUAUAUAUCAAUAUAUCUUCGUAUACCUGAAAAUCGUUGUGAAAUAUUUUUAAAAAAAUUCUUUGAUUUAACACGUUAUCAUAUACCAAUACAAAUACAAUUUCCAUCAACAUAUCAAAUACCGAAAAACUUAUUCAUAACAGAUAUUUUUUGGAAAACAUGUUUAAUAUGUUUAUUAUUAGCAUCACAUGAUCCACAUAUAUUUGGUCGUUUUAUAUGGUCAUCUGUACCACAAAUACGUUUAUUUAUGGAAAUGUUAUUAACUGGUGAUUAUACAUAUCCACCAAAGUCAAUGAUUGAAACAAAAGAUUUUCUUGAAAAAUUUUAUAUGAAUGAACGUAUACAAUUACGUGAAGAAAAAGAUACAAUAUUAGAAUUAGAAAAAUAUUUAGCAUCACCAAAAAUUAUCGAUGAAACAAAUAGUCAAUUAUUAGGUAAAAUUAUUCUAUUAGAUUUUCAACAAAUUAAACGACCAUCAAGUCAUGAUAAAAAUGAAAAAAAUUUUUAUAAUCUUAUACAAGGUUUUAAUAAUUUAUAUAAAUUAUCAUCAAUGUUAUGUCGUUGUCGUUCACCAGAUUUUAUUUUAAAUAUAUUAAAUAGAAAAGAACAACAAGGAAAAAAUGUAUUCGAUUCUCAAACAUCAUGGUUAACUAGUUUAAUUGAUUCAAAUAUUGAUUGUUUAAAUGUAUUUCCAAUUAUUUGUUUAUGUGAUUAUUUUCAACAUAUGAUUAUGAUUUAUAAUAAUAAAAAUAGUAUUAAUACACCAUCAAAAAAAACUUUACAUGCACUUGAAACUAUUUUAAUUAGAUUUAAAUCAAUUAUUCAAUCGGUUAAACAACAAAUUUUAUCUAAUACACAGGUAGGACAUUUUGAAUUUACUGUAGUGAUUCCUAAUGAUUUCACAAUGAAAUACAAUACAAAAAUAGAUAUUAAGAUGUUUGCUAUUGUCUUUCCGUAG